CGUGCUCCGAUCCAGAAGGCCGGUCUGAAUACAAUUUGCGAAAUUGGCUGUGUGGGUGCCGUUACAAAUGCGAGUAUGCAAACUAGUGUAUCAAAUUUCACUAUAUUUAUAAUAAAGUGUGGGUUAAUAAUGCUUUUGCUUUGCUUCGAAUGGACUCGGUAGCGUUAAUCAUAAAGAAGCGUGUUAAGAGCUCUAUGAGACGUAUUUAUGUUACUUGAAUUGCUACAACAUCGAAGGGAAGCACUCCAAGUGACGAAUGAAGCGUGACUAAAGCAGAGAAGGCAGCGAAUAGUGUGUUUCAAGUUCUUCAACCCAUCACUCGACUGCAAGAUAAGAACAAUUAUAAUCUUGGAUACAAUCUAUCCUACACUGUGUAUGUGUGAAGUGUGUAUAAAUUAGAUCCAAGCAAGGAUGAGAAAAUGCAUUCCUCAACAGUAUCUUCAGUUAAUCGUAAAGUAUCUCAUUGGUGACGUCGGCUCUCAAGCAGGCAGCGAAAUUUAAAGCAAAUUUCUAAGCUGAUAAGACACAAUCACAAAGCUGUGGGGUAAAUAGAGCAAAGUUUUAUUCAGUGCCGCUGACUCUAUGUGAUCUUUUGUACAAAACCAACUACUACAUCUUUUCAUUGUCUGUUCUAACUAUUAUACGAAGUCUGUCAUAAAUCGAAUCUAACCGCGAUGGAGUAAAGUACUAGCAACAAUGAAGCCAAGCUUGUUUUCAGUUUCAUCGAAAAGAAAUCAGCGAAAGUAAAACAAGGACGUGCUGUUGAAAGUGAUGAUAUAUGUGUUCAGGCAGGAAAAUAAACAUCUGAGAAGUCGGAAGAUAAGAGCUUAAAAUUGUUCCAUGAUGGAUGACAUAAACUGGAAUAAGAUUAUCUACAUAGACGACGAGAAGAAGCUGAUUUACUUUGAUCAGAAAACAUACAAAUUGCCGGAGGCUAUUCUCAACUUAUACUCAGACCGAGUACGUCACCUGGAUUUGAGCUACAAUAAGCUAUCUUCGUUUGCAUCUCUGGAACUUUUUAAUAAUCUCGAAGAACUGGUAUUGGAUAAUAACUAUCUUAAUGAUGAAGUCAUAUUCCCCGCUCAACUGGAUCGAAUCAAAUUGUUGUCGCUGAACAACAAUAAGUUUGAAAAUUUGGACCUGUUGCUCACAAAGCUUUCGCUCUGCUUUCCCAAUUUGGAGUACUUGAGCUUACUUGGAAAUCCAGCCUGUCCCAGUCAUUUGCUGAGCCUCAAGUACUCGGAGUACGAUUAUCUUAAAUAUAGACUCUACAUCAUUCGCUACCUUCCCAGGCUACGCAUACUGGAUGCACAACGCGUGAAGAAAAUGGAAAGAGAUUUCGUUCGUUGCCAACAGAACCAAGAGUAUGAAACGGACGAUUCCGACAGUCGAAGGGGUAGUUCAUUGAAGCAUUUCUACGUGAACCUUAGCAGCCGGUUGGGUGUUCGCAGCAAGGAUCCCCCUGUGUAUCAUCCACUACCGGAGAGCAUUCGCGAAGCAGGUGAUCAUCGAGGAGCAUACGGCAAGUGCCGCUAUCGCUACAUAGGGGCACAGUCGGAGGGAAAUCGGUUUAUACUCAAUACUGAUUUAUGAGUAGUUUAUUUUAACUUGUGAUUACUAUACAUAUCAAAGAGUAACAGUUUAUUUGAAUGAAGAAUAUGUGAGAAUUAUCAUUAUAAGAAGAACAUCACAAUGACGAAACAA